ACGCGCGCAUGCGCACUGUCUUCCAUGAGCUUGCAUAUAUAUAUAUAUCCAUAGUGACAAUAACAGCGACGGGCCGCGGCGUCUCCCAUGACAACGGCAGCCAGACAAUGAACGAGUGCCCGGAUGGCAGAAGAGACACGAGCAGAUAUGUAUUUUUGAACUGGGACAUUUUUACAAACGUGUUCUGUCCGUUUACGUCAUAAUUGCUGAAUAUCUCGCGGCGCGCCAUGUAGCGGAGGCCGCGCUCGCUCGCGCUGGACUGACUGCGCUGCUGGGCGGGGAGGGGAACGAUCAGACGCCUGGAAGAGUCUUCAGAAAGCGCGUCGGGAAUAUUCGCGCAUCUUUAAAGCUGGAUUGUGGAUUUUACGCGGAGAUCGAGGAUGGAUGUAGGUGCGCUCGCAGGUGGGGACGGUGGCCCGAGAAGAGCGGAUUCGGCGGAGGGAGGACUUGAAAUUGUGCCGCUGGAAAUGUACGACUCGGCCCGAGCAAAGAUAGAAGCUAACCUCCGCUGGUUGUUCGCCAAAGCGUACGGUGAAGAGCACAUCCCGACUGACCUGCGAGACCCGUUCUACACGGAUCAGUACUGCGUUGAGCACAUAAAGCCUCCGGUUUUAUCGCUGCUGCUGUCCUCGGAUCUCUACUGUAGGGUUUGCGGGCUCCUCCUGAAGGGAGAACAAGCGUCUGCACUCACCUCCCAUCAGGCCGUCAUCCAAACGCUCGCACGACGAGGGAUAUAUGUCAGAGAACCAGACGACACGCCUGUUUCCCAUGAUGACCUCUCGUCCACCCCGAUUAAGAUGAGUUCUCAUAUUCCGCUGAUAGACGCUCUGAUGAUGGCGUACACAGUGGAGAUGAUGGCUGUAGAGAGAGUCGUAGCAAGUGUCAAGCGCUUCUCCACCUUCUGCGCCUCUAAAGAGCUUCCCUUCGACAUGGAGGACGCCAUGCUGUUCUGGAUCAACAAGGUGAUCUUGAAGACGAGAGAGCUCUCUGAGAAGGAACUCAAGUUGAAACAGCCGCUGAUAGAUUCGCCUUGCCAUCAGAAGCCUGAUCUCAUGAACGCUUUGGCCCAUUGCAUGCUGGAGCCAGUGGAAUUCUCUCGUGUGGUACGUUACCGUAGAGAACACAUGUCCGGCCGUCCUUUCCCUCACCUGGCUGUGAUGGAGGACCUGAUGAAGGAUGUUUGCGAUGGAGCGGCACUGCUAGCGGUCGUCCACUUCUACUGCCCCGAAUACAUGAGGCUAGAUGACAUAUGUCUGAAGGAGGUGCCGUCUCUGUCGGAUAGUGUGUAUAACAUCCAUCUGCUGCGGGAGUUUUCUAACGAAUACCUGAACCGGUGUUUUUAUAUGCACACUGAAGACCUGCUCUACGGCCCACCCGUGCUAAAGCAUAACGUGAUGGUUUUCAUUGCUGAGCUCUUUUGGUGGUUUGAAGUAGUGAAGCCGGACUUCGUAAAGCCAAGAGACCUACAAGAGAUUAAAGAUGUGAGAGCGCCUCUUCACCCAAAGAGUUCCCGUCCCCAUGUGCCCAUAUCCAAUGCCACUAAGCGUAGCUUUUUAACUCCGUCUCCUUCAGCCGACUCGCUGGCGACAGCUGCCAAUCCUGACGGUUGUAUGCGGUAUUACUUGCACCCUGAGGAGUCCUUGUCAGUAACAAAUAGAAGCCCCUCCCCCUCCCACCCGCUCCUCCCGUUACGGCACAGACAGCAGAAGCCCUCUCAGGCAGAGGAGAGUUCAGAGCUCAGGAAUAGGUCAAACUCUUUGUCCCGUAUGGAUGGACUCAUGCUUGGAUCACAGCUUGCCUGGACAGAACGGAAACAAAGACCCAUCUCUCAAAUGGAGACGGAUUGGGAACGUAUAUGUGGCGAUAAUAUCAGCUUGGCUCGUUCCAUUAGCAAGGACAGUUUAGCCUCCAACGUCAUCUCCAUUACUCCACGACACCGCAUCAAUGGCCAGCCCCUCUCCCAGACACGUCACUAUGACAACCAGGAGGAAGAGGAGGAGCUAUUGGCUGUCAUUAACCCUGAGGGCGCGGCUGCAUCCAGAGAGAGUUUCUUCUUGGAACCGUUGCAACCUGCGGUUCUACGACCAAAUAAGGAGAAAAUGGGGAUUAGUAAACGGGAGGAGAGUGGCGAAGGACGGGGUCAGGGACGUCGGGGGACGUAUACGCCCACAGAAUGCAUACUCAACCGGACGUUUACUCCAAUCAGUAGCAUAGAGCAAGAAAGCUCUCGAGCGCAAUCCCCCGGAAGCUUCUUCCUGCAUGACGACGCAGAGUGCGUGCGGGACAGUCCGCUCGGAGCCUGGGAGGACAUCGUCUCAGACUCUGAGUUUGAGGAAGAGGAUGAAGUAGAGGUUCAAGAAGAAGAGCUUUCCAAAGUGCUUCUGAUACAAGCUGUAAGGAAAUGCACGGGCCUUGGAGAGGAGGAGGAGUCUGUGAAAUUGCGUGAGGACGUUUGUGUGCAAGAAAGGGAAGAUAAGGAAGGUACGAGCGGGCGGGCAAGUCCCUGCCCUAGCGUGUUGUCGCAGGCCAGCAGCACGUCGACCGGCCGGAUGACGAGUUUCGCAGAACGCCGCAGACACAGAGUUGGAUUUCCCGAUGGUUGCGCCAGCACUGCAAGCUCGCAGACAACCACUCCCGAUGGAUCCGAAAGCUUGCACUUCCCUUCGGACAAGAGUCCGGGAACACCAGGUGGCCGACCUGGUCUCGCUUCCGAACUUGUGCACCUUCGCAUGCAGUUGGAGGAAAAACGGCGUGCGAUCGAGAUGCAGAAAAGGAAGAUGGAGAACUUGUCGGCACGCCAACGGCAGCAGCUAGGAAAGGUGGCAUUCUUGCAUGUCGUUAAAAAGGGGAGGAGCGACACACUGCCACACCCACUCAAAACGGAAAUUGUGUUUAAAGAGAAACUGCUUGCGAAGGACGAUGCAUGCGUUGAGGUUCUGAAAGCUCGAGGAAAGGACUCAGAACAUAAAGAAACGUCGGUAACACCAUUAGAGGAGGAUAAGGACAAUCGUUUGAGUGUCACAGGAGGGGGUGGAGCUUCAGACGAUGUGGGCGGAGAGCCAGAUCUCAGCGAAUGUAGCCGUUCCAUUGAGCUCCUAAACGAUGCGAUCAGUGCGAUACAGCAGCAAAUGAUGCAGCUGUCUCUCCAGCAGGACUUGCUCAUGAAACAGACCGUCCAGUCCCCGCAAGAACAGCCGCAAACCAAACCAAGCACUGUGCCGACCUUAAACGAACACCCGCCGGAGCAGCCCGAGACUAAGUCACGCCUUUCCGUGCAGUUCACGGAAACUCUUUCCACCGCAACCAAGCGUCCUCCCAGACUCAGUUCGAGUCGUACGCCUCGAGCGAAACCUAGCGACCUCAAACUGAGCAAAGAUACCAACAGUCGUCCAGCAGCGAAAGGAAUCACUCCGACGCCGGGUGGCAGGACCCCCCGGGCUGAGAAUGAGGAAGAGGGUGUGGUUAAAGAGGGUGGGUGUGGCUUGAAAGGAAUUAUUCGGAAUGCUACAUUCAAACUGAACGAAUCUGCAAACAGAUGCGCCGACAGCCUUGACUCGCCCCAAACCGAACUCCCCUCCGUGGAACAGUCACCUGACGAUCCAACUCGGGAGCAGAGUGAGUCUGGUGGCUCUGGAAAGGAGAACGUUCCGGUUCCAUCUGAGGAAAACCGAACGAAAGCACAGCUGAUUGAAGUGGACCUAUCUGAACUGGCUGAACCGUCAGAAGGAAGCGCAGAACCUGAUGGUGAACAGAAGUCCGGAUUGGGCUUCUUCUUCAAGGAUGAUCAGAAAGCAGAGGACGAGCUGGCUAAAAAGAGGGCGGCGUUCCUUCUUAAACAGCAGCGUAAGGCCGAAGAGGCACGAAUACGUAAGCAGCAGCUGGAGGUGGAGUCAGAGCUCAAACGAGAUGAAGCCAGACGAAAAGCUGAGGAAGACCGUGUGCGUAAAGAGGAAGAAAAGGCUCGUAGGGAGCUGAUCAAACAGGAGUACCUGCGCAAGAAGCAGCAAGAGCUACUGGAGGAGCAGGGUGUGACCAAACCACGCCCACGGAACAGAAGGCCACGCCCUAAAUCGCUACAUCGAGCUGAAUCUUCCUGUUCUGCUCCGGUUAGUCUCUGUUCUGCUCCCUCCGGAUCUUCUCUCUCAUUGGCCUCUGCUGCUACUGAAGGUGACAGUGUGGCGUCAGGUGGGGCCAGUUCACACAGGGGAGAGUCUGUGGAAUCUUUUCCCAUAUUGAGUCGAAAUCCGAGCAGGAACAUGGAACGAGACUGGGACAACGGCUCAACGGCCUCAUCCAUCACAUCUGUAGCAGAAUACAAUGGGCCCAGAUUAUUUAAGGAGCCUAGUGCGAAGUCCAACAAACCGAUCAUCCAGAAUGCCAUCGCUCACUGCUGUCUGGCGGGAAAAGUCAAUGAAGCACAGAAGAACGCCAUUCUGGAGGAAAUCGAGCGAUGCGAGUCCAACCACCUGAUAAUCCUUUUCCGUGACGGUGGAUGUCAGUUCCGGGCGCUGUACAUCUAUUCCCCCGAAACAGAGGAGAUCGUCAAGCUCAAAGGCACCGGGCCGCGAUCCAUCAGCCGCAAAAUGAUCGACAGACUCUACAAAUACAGCUCCGACCGCAAGCAGUUCACCGUCAUUCCCGCCAAGUCCGUCUCGGUCAGCGUAGACGCUCUCACCAUCCACAGUCACCUGUGGCAGGCCAAACGGCCGAGCACCUCCAAGAGAAAAUGAUCCCCGUUUCCAUUGGCUCGUCAGAUAGAUCUGCUGCUUUCUGAUUGGCUACUGGGUUCUAUUCCAUUUUGUUAAACUGCCGUUUUGCAAAUGAGCAGGCCUCCUAAUAUCCUAUUGGUCCACGAGCUUCUCAAAUUCCAGACUAGACUCCUGCUUUCCUAUCAGCUCACCAGCUGCUGCGCUCCUAUUGGCCACUGCGCUGUGACAUGAGCAGAGCUGAGGAAGUCAGAAGUGGGUGGAGCUUGAUUUUUGAUUGACAGAGUUAAUGAAUGUGUUUUAGAAUUAUGUCAUCGUUCAGUGUUGUUUUUUUUAGGCAGAAAUCUGCAUGUGGCACUUUUCUGUUUGAUUUUACCAUAGUAUUAAUUUACACAGGAACGGAAGACAACACUCCCACUACUUGAAUUAUGAAUCAUGUACUAUGGUUACACAGACGCGUACGGAUGUGCGUACGAAUGCUUCUGGUGUUUUGAGUUUCUCAUACCUCUCCAUAUGCUGCUGUUCAUACGUGACACUCACUUUAGCAGUGCAAUGCAAUGAACAUGUGACAAGGGAUGUGUGUGUGUGUGUGUGUGUGGAUGUUGACCUUCAGCUCUUCAUGGUUUUAAAAUGAUUUAUCAUGAAAUGGUUCUGUAUUAUCCAUCUUUUCUUUGUCUUUUCUUACAUGUAUUCACACUAGCUGCUGACAGUAUUAAUGUACUUCACUGAGGAACCAGAUUGUCAUAGAAACACAUUGCCACUGAUUGUGUGUGUGUGUGUGUGUGUGUGUGUGUGUGUUCAGUAAAGAAUGUAUGCACUCCAGGGUCUCCUGUGAGCAGGGCUUUCUGUUGUAUAUGUUUGGAUUGUACAAAACUUUGCUUUAACAUUUCUUUAUUAUUAUUAUUAUUAUUUACCAUAUAUUUAUUUUAAAGAAGAACACUGAAAUUUAAUAAAUUAUACAACCAAAA